CUUUUUCCCACGCUCAUAAAACUCUAUCUCAACCUUCUUUAAUUCAGUCGAUAUCUCCACCUCCUUACUUGGGGCUCAAGAGUUCAUAUAAUUUUUUUGUUGAUGUCAGUUUCAUCAAACAUACUCAAAGAGAAUUCUCGCGACUUGUUGCGAGAAGAGGAACCUGGUGAUGAUGAAUUCGAAUUUCCCAUCAACGAUGAGGACGAAGAGCUUCCGACAACAAGUAUUAGGAUUGUUUUGGUAGACUCAGAUCCUAAAUCCUUAUGUCUCAUGAAGAACCUCAUGACACAGUUCUCUUACCAAGUAAGGGAUUUUAAAAACGGAGAUGAAGCUAUUGCUUUCCUGAUGAUGAGUAAGCAUGAGAUCGAUUUAGUGAUAUGGGAUUUUCAUGUGCCCGAGAUUAAUGGACUCGAAGCUCUCAAAACCAUUCGUAAAGAGAUGGAUUUGCCCGUAGUAAUAAUGUCUCAUGAACACCGGAAGGAAACUGUGAUGGAAUCGACAAAACGUGGCUCAUGUAACUUUCUUGUGAAGCCAGUGAGCAAAGAAAUAAUUUCAGUACUAUGGCAACAUGUUUACCGCAAGAAAAUAUCUGUCUAUUCAGCUGAAUCAGAUCCAGGAGAAAACGUCGGUUUAGAUCAAGAUCUCUAUCAGACCAACAAAGAAGACUCCAGUAGCGGAGAACAAAACAGUUCCUAUCAAAAAGAAAACAAGAGCAAGAAACCUCGAAUGACUUGGACAUCAGAACUUCACCAACUGUUUGAAAAAGCCGUCGAGAAAAUGGGCGGUCUUGAACGUAAUCAUUCACACAAAACUCUUGUGAAUAUUCAGUUAUUUUGCAUGUUAAUCAUAUUAUCUUAUGUUUUGACAAUGUUAAAUGCAGAGGCAGUUCCGAAGCUGAUUCUCAAAUGUAUGCAAGAAGAAAUGGAUGUGGGACUCACUAGAAACAAUGUAGCCAGUCAUCUUCAGAAGUACCGUCUAAAUUCAGGGAAAAAGUCAUCCGUUCUCCAGGAGACUCGAGAAGAUUCUCAGUGGCGUAAUGCUGGACCAAACACCGCUCUCACGGCUUCUAAACCGCUACAAAACUCCAGCUUCAAUCUCCAUACUAGAGUACCGUAUUUUGCGAACGACCAAGACGCAAGAAACGGCUCCAUGCAGUAUCCUUCAACCAAUUACAUCACAACGAACAACCAUUUCAUGACCAACUCUUUGGCUUAUCUACCUUAUACUGACUCGUUUCAUCAUCAGCAACAACAACAACAACAACAAUUUCAACAUCAGCAGUACUCCCAUUCUUCUCUUCAGCUACCUUCCAUAACCAAGCAAGAGUCUCCAUACGUGCCAGCAGCCAUGGAAAAUCCCGAUCUCAUCCCUAAUCAAAAUUCACCCCACAUAGACUGGGCAGACUAUUUACAAGGAGGACUCAGCUAUUUCGAUAAGACUAAUCGUUAUUGACUCGUCCAAGGGAGGUGAUAUAUUAAUUCAUCUCUUUGUCGUAGCUUUUUUCUCCUCCCCCUGAUUUUUUUUUCUUCUUAUUGUGGUUUUUUUAACCACACUAUCGCUCAUUGGAUACCUUCAUCCGAUUUGCGUUUGGCGUGGUUGUAUUUCUAUUAUUUUGGUGGA